UUCAAGAUCACUGUCUUGUAAGCUGUACGGCCGUAAAUGUUUAGACACUUCCAAGAUGGCGGACGCUGAAAGUCAACACAGGUUAACAAUCAAUGCACUUGAAGAAUCAUUUCAUGAGGAAACACAGACAAAGCUAUGUGCUGAUUGUGGGAGAGAGUUCAAGACCAGGAGUGGGCUUAGAAAGCACAUGAUCCGGCAUGAACGUUCGCACAAAUACGAAUGUGCAGAAUGUCAUCAGAAAUUUGUAGAAAAACACCAGUAUGAAAGUCACAUGAGAAAACACGGAUCAGAUAUGUUAACAUGUGACAAAUGCCAUAAAAGCUUUACACAUUUACAGUCCGUGAAGAGGUAUAUGAAGACAUGCUCCAUAAAGGAGGAUAACAGUGGUGGUCACUCGUCUUUCAAACGUGAUAAACAUAAUUGUGAUUUAAAGCUUAUUGUGAUAUGCAUUACAAUCAUAUGUAAAUCAUUUGGAAAUAUUCCGAAAUAAAGAAGUUAUUUUUUUACCUUUAGAGAUUUACCUUUAUGAGAUUAAUCAUUAUACAUGUUCUAUGUUUUCAUUUCAAUUGUUAUUUGAUUAUAUACUUGUUUUGUUGUUUUAUAAUAUUUAUGAUUUGCAAUAUUGAAGUCUAAAUAAGACAUUUAAUAAAAAGAUAAACUACAU